CAAAAUGUCGAAUACUUACAAUUCAAAGGCAAAAAUUGAGAGGGGGGUGUCUCUUUCCCAAAAACAAUAUGACUUAAUCUACACUUUUCUGAAAACUGGCAAGAGACCUACCUUACCAGAUCUGUUCGACGCGGGGCUGGCCUGCAGAGUGCACAAUGUUAAAGCGAAAACCUCGUCACGUUACGCGCGGUUUCGAUCUAUUGCAAAACGCAUGUACAUCCGAGAUGACCAAGAGCUUGUACUGUAUGCAAAUAACAGAGUCGUGGUACCAAACGAUCAGUUUGAAGAGGUUAUCCAGAGUGCACACAUCAGUAAAGGAGAAAAGCAUUUAAACAUUACCAAAACUAUGGAAAAGCUAUCAGAAAGAUAUUCCAUGGGCUGUAGACAGUUUGGUAUAACAGAGGAAACAGUGAGAAUGGUGGUAAAGAAAUGCAAGACCGGGUCAUGUACAUUUAAGAAACGGACACAAUGCUAUUCUCUGAACAAGGCGAAACCCUUUAACAUCAAUGCAAAUAGGGGCUCAUUGAUCUCAGCAACUCCAACUCAGCAACACCCAGAAACAGUUGCAAUGAGGCCAUGGAUAUCAUCAGCAACAUCCUCAAAUGAUGGCCAAGGUCUAGCUAAGAUAGGACAACCAAUACCAGUACAGGUCAUUCCCUUGACAACUGGGCAAUUCGUCAUGCAACAGCUUCCAUAUCAUUGGCAAAGGAGCAUGUUUGCUGGAAGUUCAGCAAAACCCUUGGGCAAUACAGUAAGUCCUGAGAAUUGGCCACUUGAUUUGUCCAUGCGGGAUAACGGUUUGACUAAAAAUGCAACUCCCAGCGUGCCAAGCCAAUCCCAGUCUAGUAUGCGAGAUGUUUCAGUCAACAAAAUGCCAAAUUUAGCAAGGCUACUAAUAUCCAAAAAUCUGAGCACUGGUAUUCCAGUAAGCCAAUCCAAAUCAUGUGGAGGAUCCAGUGAGAAAAAGUACAUUUUUUCUGUGAAUGCAGGUUCAUCACAUAGUAAUGCCUUCACAACAAAACCAAACUUGGGUAAAAGGAUCACUAUGCCACCUCUUAUGCCAAAUUUAGGUUCCAUCAGACAAGUUUUGAGUGAAACUGAUGAACAAAUCAUAGUCAGCAACUUGCCUCCUAAUAUGGCAUCCCCUUAUCUAACACAAGCUUCUCCUCCCCUGACACUAGCAUGUCUGAUGAACCUAUAUAAUUCUCCUUCCCUGACACUAGCAUGUCUGAUGAACCCUUAUAAUGCACCACACUAUGAUGAAAAUAACAAUGUUUUGAAUGCCGAUGAUUGCUCAGCUGGUGAAACUGGUAUACCGAAGUCUGAGGAACAUGAAAAUGCAAUGGCUGAUGACCAAGAGGUUUGCGAAGAAAACAACAUGACAACCAACAAUAUAUAUGACAUAGAGAGACCGUCUUCUGUUGAAGCCAGAGGUUAG